GCAAGUUAGUUACUCGACCGCUCGGACAAAAGGCUACGUCAGCGUAGUUCUUUUCCGUAUCAAGUGUACUGUCAAACAUGAACAUUUGUAUCGUAAAAUCGUGUUGGGUUUUGAAUGACGGACCAAUAAAAAAAGGAACGUGGUAGAUUCGCGAGGAGUACGAUGCACCGUACGGAUAAGGAGCGACCCUCCCUCUGAUGCAAAACAGACGAUAUUGACAGCUCUCGCGAUUCGGGAUAACCUCUCACGGCCCGGUCGACGAUCAGUGACAACCUGCGCUGCCACGUCCUUACACGUUCAUCAAAAUCAGUGAUUAGAGAGAAUGGCGUGUCUUUUGUUAAAUCAAGAGAAUGUGCACAUCAAAAUACCCUCGGCGGAUACUGUUGACGGUGUCACGUAUUAUUGCAUCGAGGUUAGCGUUGCUUCGAUCAAGUGGACCGUGAAGCACAGGUACAAUGAUUUCGCGGAACUUCACGAUAAACUCGUUUCGGAGAAUUAUGUUAAAAAAGAUAUAUUGCCGCCAAAAAAGUUGAUCGGUAACAAAUGCGAAGCAUUCGUGGAAAAGAGGAGGUUGAGCCUGGAAGUCUACUUAAACGAGGUGUAUAGUUACUUGAAAAAAGCGAUGCCUAGAGAACUCGCUGUAUUCUUGGACAUGCACAUAUACGAUAUAUUUUUCCUACUACAGAGCAUGGCUUUGGAAUUUUUUACCGAAGGUCACAGCUUGUUACAGAAGUCCAAGAGUUACAAAUUUAAUCCUGUGCAGUUAUACGCGAUCAGCGAGAGAUUAAAGCAGCCUUGCCCACCCCUGGAAGUCGUUGACAAGAAGUACGAUUUCAGUCACGUUUUGGAUUUCAAUUCUCACCUGACAGAACUCGUAAUUGAAGGAAGUUCCGAACCCUACAGAACCAGCAACAUUUAUACGUCCACGCUGUCGAUCGAUUUAUCCAGUUUUAAAAAUAUACAGAAUUUAACAAUCGAUCAGUACCCGGUGGACAAGAUAUAUCACAUGGGCAAUCUCCGAGACACUGUGAAGUAUCUGAAGGUGAACAAUACCAAGCUGAGAAACAUCGUCGAACUAGCGAUGUGCGAGGAGGUGCACAAGAUUAUCGAGAACGCGAAUGACUCUCACGUUUGGCUAAAAGUGACCCAUUUAGACCUGAGUGACAAUCGGAUAGAAACGAUAGACGAAGCUAUCAAGCUGCUACCGCACAUUGAAUGCUUAACUUUGAACAAUAAUCUACUUUCUGAGAUUUCUAAUGGCACUCUAUUGCCAAGAUUAUCUCAAUUAUAUCUGGCAUCGAAUAAUUUCACGUCCCUGCCGGAGGAUUUGCAUACAAAGCUCGGUUACAUCGUUUACAUCGAUCUUUCACAGAACAAAUUGACCUCUUUGGCUAGCUUCUCGAAAAUGUACUCGUUGGAGGGUCUGGACGUAAGUUGUAAUCGUAUCGAAAACAUUGAGGAAGUGAAGAAUAUCGGUCACCUACCCUGUUUGGAGAACCUGAGACUCACAGGAAAUCCCGUGUCGACGAUUGUUGAUUAUAGAGUGAAAGUUUUAGAACCGUUCGGUAAACGGGCAGCGGAUAUUUGCUUGGACAACGAGAAACCGAAUCAGAAGGAGCUAGACACAGUUUCCGUUCAUCAAGCGUUGCGUAUCGCACGGGAAGGAAAAUCCCCAACGUUCAACACAUCGGAUGCUCCUCUGUUCUCCGCGGAAGUUCCGAGUGUAUAGUAAAUCAUCGAUUUAUUUCGAACAAUAGAUUACUGUUACGAAUGACCCGAAUUUUUGUUCCGGAACAGAUGAAUAUACAUAGGACAAAUUAAUUCGUUUAGAUUUUUACGAAAUGGAAACGGGUAAGAGCUUUCGAACUACAAUUGAAUUAUAUUCCUAUUUAAAUUGGCGAUCAUUUAAGAUCCGUUUGAGUCUCGCCCAUAGCUUUUUUAUACGAUGUUUAUUGUUGGUGCUUUCUUAUCAUUAUUCGAUAUGACGACAUCCUAACCAGUAUGAUAUAUACCAAAACAGUAAGAUUAAGCGUUAAACAUGUUCCCGUUCGAUGUGAUUUAUGGUAAUCCAAAUAUUAAACCAAAAUUUAGCACAUAAAAUGGGAUAAUUAAGAUGAAAAUGAUAAUCUAUCCGAGGAUAACGUGCCACCAGCGCCUGUAUAAAGAAAUACGAGAUUUAUGAGAUUCUGCUGUGUACAUAAUUAUUUUUAAAUCGUACAUCCACACGUUACCAUCAUAUAUUUUUUAUACGAACUCGAAAAAAGCGAAGGAAUGAUCGGAUUGAUUAUAUAUUUAUUUGUAAAAACACCAGAGAAUUAUACCUCUGCUCUCUUUUGCGUUAUAUUAAAAAAAUGAUAAAUAAUCUUCGCUAAAACUCGAUCUUUAUACCAUCGUGCGACGAAUUUUGAAUAUUCAUUUGACAAUGUCUGAUAAGAUUGAUUUACUUUUGGGAACCAUUAUUCCUAAGAACGAUUAUUUGUACGGAAUUUAUUUAUUGUCACGUACAGUUAGAUUAUGUAUGUAUUUGUGAAUACGGUACGAUUGGAAUUCGUUGUUUUUGAUUGAAACGUGCAAGGAAUGCGGGAAUAAAUGGACGUAAGAGAUUUCGAUUUCGAUCGGACUGACAACGGCGCGGUAAUCGCUGGGAUUCAAAUAGCGUUUGUUAUCUGUUAUAUAAAUUUUUAAAACCGAUAUUAUGUUGAAAAGCAUAACCACGUUCGAUGUAACGAUUUUGUAAUGGUUUCAUACAAACUCUACAAAACUAUACAUAUUAAUGAUAGAAUAUUUUGUUAAAUAAAGAUUCCAAGAUCAAUAAACUGUGAUAAUCUGUGGGAGAA